AGAACAGUCAUCGCCGCAGUUUCACUCAUCACUGUAAAACCUAGCCAGCGAGCUAAAACCAAUAUUCAAUAAUGAAUAAUGAAUAAUCCAAUCCAAGUGAAUCAAUGUGAAGGAGAAGGUCAAAAUCUAAAGCAGAAGUAACUAUUGGCUGAUCAUAAAUGGCACCCAAUCCAAGAGUGGUGCAGGCCUAUCGAGCAAUGGCCAAUCUUGGGAUUCAUGAAUCCAAAGUGAAGCCAGUAUUAAAGAAACUACUUAAAUUGUAUGAUAAAAAUUGGGAACUCAUCGAAGAAGAGAGUUAUAGGGCUCUGGCAGAUGCCAUAUUUGAGGAGGACGAAAAUAAGGGGUCGGAGGCGGACCAGGAAAACACAAGCAAGAAGGAUGAUGAAGAAGCUCAUAUGCAUGAUGAGCCAGUGCGGCCAUUGAAGAGGUUGCGUUUAAGAGGUCAAGAUGGUCAUUCUUCACGUCCUUUGACUAGCUGUGGCCCCAGCACAGCGGCCUUGCCACUGAAAACGCCUAAGUUAGAAGAUGACACAGUGCCUGAAAGUAGUUUCGGACUACAGCCUCAGAGUACAACAGCUUUAUCCGAUGGGAAUGCAAGGAUUGAAGCUGGUCAAGUUCCAUUAAGAGAUGCCACUGUUGAUAAGGGAAAGAAACCUGUAUCACCUCAAGUUACUCAGAGAGGGAGGUGGUCUAUUUCUGAUGGAACUCACCGUCUAGAACCAGUUAAAGAGCCAACAAUUGAACCAGGAGCCUCUUUGUUGUCAAAAAACAAAGUGUCUCAUCAAUUUACUUUGCUCAAGCCCAAGGAUGAACCUAUUGAUGAUAUGCCAGAUUAUCUGAUUCCCAUUGCAGUGAUUCCUCCUGAACCAUCAAGUGGAAGAGACUCUCUGAUGAGAGGUGCAGCUGGAAAGCAACAUGGCCAUGACACUGUUGCAUUACAAAGCAGAGAUGUAGACGUUGAAGGUGAAGAUAUUCUUCCUUCCUCAAAUGAAGAAGCAAUUUCUAAUGUAGAUUUAGGCUUGUCAUCUAUGGGAGAGGAUGGUUCUGUAGAGAUAAUGCAAUCUGUUGACGACGUUUCAAAGGAAUCUGAGGCAAAUGACUCACUGAUUGCCAGAGGAAAUAAAGAUUUGGUUAUGCCUUCUUGCAUUGCAAAUGGAUCAAUCAAUGUGAAGUCUUCUUCUGCCAUUGAUGCACCUCAAGGUCAAAAUUCUCUACCCUGCCUGGGUGGUCUGGAUGAUGCUGUGCUAGUUUCCAAGAAGGUUGGAGUGAAUGAUUUAUUAGAAAGUGGUGGUCAGAAGGAGCUGGAGGAUCCUAUAUCCCCAAAUUCACGUACUUCAGAUGUUUUUCCAAAUCAUCAGCUUACAACUGAUGAUAUAAGGGCUGUUCAUGAUGUUAAUGAUCUAACAAAGGGAGAAGAAAGAGUGAAAGUUUCAUGGGUGAAUAACACUACUAAUGAUUUCUCACCACCACCCUUUCAUUACAUGCCCCGAAACCUUGUGUUCCGAGAUGCCUGCGUUAAUAUUUCUCUUUCUUGUAUUGGUAAUGGAGAUUGUUGUUCAUAUUGUAUGGGCAACUGUGUAUUGUCAUCUAAACCAUGUUCUUGUACAAAUAAAACUGGGGGUCAAUUUGCUUACACUGCACAAGGACUACUAAAGAAAGAGUUUUUGGAAGAGUGUAUUGCGAUCAGCCGUGACUCUCAAAAUUAUUUCUAUUGCAAAGAGUGCCCGUUUGAAAGAUCAAAGAAUGAUGAUUGUUUAGAACCAUGUAAAGGACACUUAAAGAGGAGGUUUAUUAAGGAGUGUUGGAGCAAAUGUGGCUGUGGGAAACAUUGUGGCAAUCGGGUUGUCCAGUGUGGGAUGACUUACAACUUGCAGGUGUUUUUAACUUUAGAUGGAAAAGGGUGGGGUCUUCGGACCUUAGAGGAUCUUCCAAAAGGUGCAUUUGUUUGUGAGUUUAUUGGGGAAAUUUUAACUGUCAAAGAGUUGCGCGAGAGGAACUUGAAAUAUCCCCAAAAUGGGAGCUAUACAUACCCAAUUUUAUUGGAUGCAGAAUGGGAUUCAGGAGUAGUGAAGGAUAGAGAAGCUCUUUGCUUAUAUGCAGCAUCAUAUGGAAAUGUUGCUAGGUUUAUUAAUCACAGAUGUUUGGAUGCAAACUUGAUUGAGAUCCCAGUUGAAAUUGAGGUCCCAGCUCAUCACUACUAUCAUUUUGCCUUCUUCACUUCCCGAAAAAUAGCAGCACAGGAAGAGCUCACUUGGGACUAUGGCAUCAACUUCGAUGACCAUGAUCAGCCUGUUGAGCUGUUCCACUGCAGAUGUGGUAGUAAAUUCUGCAGGGAUAUUAAGCGAUCAAAUAGUAAGUUCAGUCGUCCAUUUAUGUCUAAAGUGCAUAAAGUUUAAAAAAAGAAGUGUUCCAUUAUCUCUUUUAUGGAAGAUUCAAUUCCUAUACUGUGCCUUCUCUAAUUUGUUUCAAUAUUUGUUUUAGGUCGUUAUUUUGAUAUUUAGUCUCUCAUAGUUAUGAAAUAUACUGCAUCCACUCCCGAGUUGGACUUUGGUUUUAUUUGAUGGAAGCUAUUCUUUGUUCAGCACAUGAAUAUGUGGUUGAUGGUUUUGUUCCCUAGUAAAUAAUAAUUUGUAAAAACGAAUUAUUGAAAACAGAUCAUCUGGAAGUUGUAAUUGUCAAUUGAAGGCAAUCUUGAUCAUCAUAACAUUAUGCUUUACAUGACUUACUCGUUUUGCAUGAUUGAUAGUUGAAAAUGCUUGGUUCAUACUGAAGUGGAAGUAUUAUCUUUAAUUUGAAUGCUUUUUGUUAGAAAUUGUGAGCUAACUUUUUGGCCCUAUUGAGUUUGCACCUAUGGCAUAUAUUCUCCAUUUGGGUUCAUUUGAUUGUGUAGCUGAUUUGGUGUAAUGCCAAGCUACCCAAACUUUAAAUGAAACUUCGGUAAAAAUUGAAGGCUCAUUAUCACGUUUGUGCUUUGCUUGUUGGAUUCUUCCUUCUUGCCAUGUUCUAUAUUCAAUAACUGUUUGUCACAAACUCACAAUCCCAUGCUUUGCUUAUACUGAAGUGGUCACAGAGUCACUUUGAUGCCAUCUUCUGUAAACCUUAGUUACUUUCCGAUUUGCUUACUAUGCAAAAGUAUUUAUCUUGUGGGCUAAAAAGGGCGAGUUAUAUUUUGGUGGGUGUCGAUUGAUGUGUCCAGGCAUCAUAGACUUGAGUUUAAUUUCAGAAAGUAUUGGCACUACUUCUGAUUAGUGAUUACAGGUAAUUUAUUGGAGCAACAUUGUGUAUAAUAAUCAUAGUAUUGAUUCUGCUACUUUUGAGUUUAAUUUCCUUUUGUGGAAGUGUUUUGGAACACGACCUUUACAAAUAUUGGCCUGGUGGAGCUAUGGUGAGGGUUCAAACGUUCCGAAUAAAUAUGAGCAUUGGAUCAAGUUGAAUAUUUGAUGCUUGAGCUCAGCUUAGCGUUAUUGCAACAUCCAUUAAUUAGCACGUCUCUUGCUCUUUGGGUUCUCUCUGUACGCAAAAGAGAAGACUACAAAUUUGACUUGUGACAUAUGACUACUGCCUAAUUUGUUAGUUUGUCUUUUAUAUGUGUGUAUGCUGGUUGCUUCCAUGUCUGCUUGGGUAAGUAUUUCUGUGUGCAUGUGUAGAAAGGAGAAUGACUGUAGAAAGAUAAAUAUUUUAGGUUGUGAAUAUAGCUCAAAAUUAGUUAAAAAAAAAAGCUGUCGAAAAAUUCUCAAUUAGAAUAAUUUUGGGAAAAUAAUAGUUCCCCCCCCCCC